AUGAAAUCAUCUGAUUCUGAAAAAUGGUUGGCUGCGUGUGAAAAAGAGCUCGAGUCAUUCAAUGCUCUGGACGUAUACAAUCUGGUUCCAUUACCAGAAGGUAGACAAUGCUUAGGUAGUCGCUGGGUUUUCACGAUGAAAGACGAUGGUCGUUAUAAGUCUCGAUUAGUUGCCCAAGAGUAUAAGCAAAAGAUAGGUAUUGACUACUACGAAACGUUUGCUCCUGUUGUACGUUAUGCUUCAGUUCGUCUAUUUCUGGCAAUCGCUGAUCAGUUUUCCCUCUCUGUACAUAAAAUGGAUGCCGAUACUGCUUUCCUGAAAAGUGAAAUAGAUGGAGAUGUAUAUAUCAAACAGCCUCAAGGUUUCGUUGAUCCUACACAUCCUGAAUAUGUGCGGAAACUGAAAAAGGGUAUGUAUGGUCUGAAACAAGCUCCACUAUUAUGGAACAGACAUAUUCAUCAUACUCUUACCGAACUUGGAUUCCAAAGACAUGCUAUUGAGCAUUGCUUCUACUUCAGAUAUUCUACUACUGGUCUAAUUUUGAUUGCACUCUACGUAGAUGAUUUAUUGAUUGCAGCUCCUGAUAAUGAUUCCCUUGAUAUAGUCAAAUGUACUCUAAAAAUUUAUUACUCAAUGAAAGAUUUAGGGCCAGUAAACAAUUUUCUGGGAAUAAAUGUAAAUCAGCCAUCUGAUCAUUCUGUUUCUAUUUCCAUGGAGGACUAUAUUACCAAAGCAGCUACCACUAUAUUUCCUGCUGGAGUCAAGCCUAGUCACAUUCCACUAUCACCUACAGCUCAAUACUUUGAUCCAACAUCUCCUGCCGUGGAUUCAAUCACCGAAUAUCAAACAAUCAUUGGCCAAUUGUUAUUUGUAGCCAAUGCUGGUCGUCCAGAUGUUUCGUUUGCUGUAUCCUUUCUUUCUCGAUUUCUGAAAGAUCCCCGUGUUGUUCACCUGGAUGCUGCUUAUUAA